AUGCUGGAGCAUCGGGCCCCAAUGCUGUUGUAAGUUCUUCGCAAAGUGUCUUUGCAUCUAUUUCCAGAAUUAUCCGAAUUUUAAUAUAAUAUCGAUUAAAUUCAUCGGUUAUUUUAAUGAUUUAAAAAAAUUCAAAUCAGAUUUUGUCACAGGUUCAGGAUAACUUUGAUAUUUGAUACAAAGUAUCGAUCGGAAAUGCUGAUUUAUUCACACGAAAAAAGUAAGCGAAUUGAAUGAACUAACUCAAUAAAUGAUUUUGCACUCAAUAUAUACUGGUACAUGUAAUAUGUAAGUGACGUUAGAAAAUACCGUAUGAGGGAGGAAAGAAAAAAUGUGAAAUUCAGAAAUAUACUCGAAUCCUGGACAAGGAAUGUUCGUAUAUUCACUGUGC